AUGUCCUUGAUCCUGGUUCGCCAGGAGUACGGCGGGCGCGAGCGUCCGUACGUGAUGCGAACCAACACCUCGGGGGGCGGCCACCUCCUCCACUACUUCUGCACCAUUAUCGUCCUUCUCGGCUUCUCUGUCACGUUCGCCGCGCUCGCGGGUAUGCGAGCCUACCUCGCCUCGCAGGACACGCGCACGCCGCUGGUGCGAGAGUACAACCGCGCGGUCGACGCGUGGGUCAAGACCGGGCGCGAGGCGUUCACGACGCGCACGGACGGCUUCGCGUGGGCGGUGGACAAGGCGCCGUUCGGGGCGCUCGCCCGAAGGAACGGGACGUGCGGGGACGGGCGGACGGUCCCCGGAUCGCUCGCGGCCCCCGAGCCCGGGCAGGUGGCGCUCGGCACCGAGGACGACGGCAUCGACAUCGCGAGGUACGAACUGACCAGCGUCCUGUACGGAGUCAAACGCGCGUACAUCGCCGCGCACGACGCCGCCAACGCGCCGGGGCUGGAGCAAGUCUCCGUGGAGAUUGGCCGAGGACGCGCCAAGUCCAACGACGUCGACUCCUACACCGCGUUCAGCACGUCCUUCGCCCCGUACGAGUGCGACGUGCUGUCGGUGCCGCGUUCGGCGUCGUCCGGGCACGCGGGCGGCGGCGGCGACGCGAGGAACACGCGGAACGGGGGGACGUGGUCGCCCGGGCACGGCGCGCACGGAACGACCGAGGUGCGUUGCGACGAGUGCUCGAGGGACGACGAGGCGGGCGCUGUGACGGCCGUAACGGCCGGGUGCGACGCGCGGUGCCUUCCGGGCGCCGCCGAUCGCGACAUCGUCGCGACGCGGCGAUGGGUUCGCCGGGUGGUGCUGGUUCGGUCGCAGGUGGAGGACGGUAAGGUUGCGGGGAUCAUGCGCAAGCCGUCGGCGGCGACGUGCUCGCUGUUCCACGGCGAGACGCGAACGACGACGCACGAGUCCGUCUGGGACGCGCGGCUGGCGUGCGCGCACGAUCGGGCGCCCCUCACAGACGUGGACCUGGAGCUGGAGGUCAGAGCCCGCGACGACCCGCACGUCCUCGCGGGGGAGCUGACGGGAUGCACUUUCCACUUCGGGAGAGACGCGGAUGAAAACGCGGUGGCCGCAGCUUUCUUCACCCUCGGCGCGUUCGUCACGCUCGGGCUGGCGACGUACUGCGUUAAAAAGCGCAAGGGGUUCGAGCGGUACGACUCGCGGCUGACGCAGUUCUCGGGUUGGAACGCGUGGAGGACGCCGGUGACGGCGAUGGAUUUCGCGUCUCGCGAUUCGCGCUCGAGGAGAGGGAGGGCUAACGAGUCGGCGGAAAACGCCGGGGAGCAGUCGUGCGACGACGAGACCGACCACGAGGGCGCCGAGGACGUCGACGUGGACGUCGAUGUGGACGUUCACGUGGACGUCGAAGCCGACGGGGACGGGGCGGACGCGGCGGCUUCGCGCGAAGCCGCCGACGAGCGGGUGUGA